GUGUGGGGACGACUAAUAACGGGGAUGUGUGGGGAUUGCUCUGCCAAAACGUGGUCCAGUUUCAGUUGGCAAAUACAAACAAUAAACUUAAACGACUCGACAUGUGCAUUGAUUACUAACUGGGAUUUACAAGUAGUGUGUGAAUAAUAACAAACGAUAUUAUUGACACAAAACGAGCAUGACGGAAUCUGCAGGAGCACAAGAGCCGUCAAUUUUUCAAGUGUUGACAGAACGGUCACUUAAAAUCCUCUUGGCUGAGCCAACUGAGAGAACAGUUCCGGAGCCCAACGCAGAUUUCCUAAGUGGAAAUCAACUUCCGCGAAAGUAUUAUGGACCCUUUGACCCAAAAACAAUGGUCUGCGUUCCUCUGGAAGAAAUUGACCCAGCUUACAAAAAUUUCAAGACUUUUGUAGUGAUUGGAAAAUACGGAACAAUUCAUCGAUAUUCGGCCAGAAACUCGUUGGAAGUUUUGAGUCCCCUGAAUCCAGUGAGAAGAUGUGCCAUAUAUCUGACCACCCAUUGGGCCUUUGCUUUGUUUAUGACAAUAAUUGUGGUUUUAAAUACGAUCUCGACGGUGAACAAUGCAGGCAAAGUUUACGAGCACAGUGUGACAAUUAUAUACGCUCUCGAGCUUUUGCUGAAAAUUAUGAGCGAAGGCUUGGUACGGGGUCCGUUCUCAUUCCUUCGAAACUUGUGGAAUUAUUUGGACAUUGUGGUUUUAUCAACGGCAUUAGUUCGUCCUCUCAAAACAGUCUCACUCCUUCUAUGGUCAAGAUUGAUCAAGUUGAUUCAGUUGACCCCAGAAAUUAGACGCUGGUUUAGAUUUCUGAGCGUAGCUAUCUGGAGGCUUCGUCCAGCUCUGCUAUACACUUCAUUAACAAUAAUCUUGUUUUCCUUGAUUGGAAAAUUAAUGUUUCUGGGCUUGUUUACAAGAAGAUGCGUAAAUUACUCGGAUUACUGGGAAAAAUUUGCAAUUUCAAGUAAUGAUUCGUCAAUGGAAAUUGUGAGUUGGAGAGAAUUUGCUGAGAGUAGUGGAAAUUGGUUUUCUGAUGCAUGGUGCUUAGAAGAAAAUAAAGAUAACUUAAUGCAAUGUCCGGAAGAAGAUGACUAUGAAUGCAUUCCAGGAAUUGGAAAAAAUCCGGACUAUGGUCUCACUAAUUUUGACUCUAUUGGAGGGGCUUUGGUGCAAACAGUCCGAAUAAUUGAUCAAGAUUAUCUAGAAAAUAUUUUAAAUCAGAUAACUACAGCAUCUUCCUCACCAACCAUCACAAUUUUAUAUUUUAUUGUCAUGUUUUUCUUUGGAACAUACGCAUUGGGAACAUUGGCAUAUGCUAUUCUUGGGAAACAUGUUUUUGAUUUCCUGGAAAAUUCGUUGGAAUAUUUACCACAUCAAAAUCAUCAAGAUGUGGAAAUCAGCCCAGAGCAGCGGCCAAGAUACCCUUUGAAAAAUGACCCAGUGUUGCUUUUUGUCCAAGACGUACUUAAAAGUUCAGUAUGGCAUGUGACAAUGUCAUCAACAAUACUGUUGGACAUUCUGGCCCUGUCAAUGAAACAUCACAACAUGUCCAGCAUGAGUAGUAAUGUGUCAAAGUGGCUGAUCAGAUUUGCAAUGGGCAUGUACACUAUCGAGUUUAUUCUCAAACUCAUCGUGGAUGGAGCAAAGAAAUAUUUUACGACAGGAUGGAAUCUGUUCGACAUUAGUCUAUUAGUUGACAUGUACUUCCAACUACUGAACAGGAAAUAUUCUCUGAUUUUAUUUCCGCUUCGCAUAUUUAAACUAACUCCACGAUGGAAUACAUUACAUUUAACUUUCAAAAUAACGGUAGAGAGCUUAAAAACACUGUGGGGGAUUUGUGGACUGCUCAUCACACUGGGCGCAUACUUUUCUCUCGUUGGAAUGACAGAGUUUGGUCAGAGUUACUUGAAUAAUAUGCACCUGUUUGAGGGUGGUCUUUUGCCCCGGUGGAGUUUUGUCGAUUUUGUGCAUUCAGCUAUGGUCGUAUUUCGCUCAUGGAUCGGAGAGUCCAUUCAAGUUCUGGGAGAAUGCCUUGUACUUGAAGAACAAGGUUGCAUCGUCUAUUUUGCCACAGUUGCCCUCACCGGAGUGGUCAUUUUGAUGGUUCUAACCAUUGGAGUAGUGUUUGUCACCGACAAAACUUUGAAGUCUAGAAUUAAACGGCCCCCAUCAAUUCUCGCAAAAAUGUUUUGUUAUCCGUACGUUGUUUUAAAAACGCAAAGAGAGUCAGAAGUGAUGCCGACAACAAUUUAUGUGGACAAGAAGAAAAUUAUUUCUUGCUCUCCAUCGCCAGGUGGAAGUCAGGUUUUGAGAGGAGUGUCCACUUUUAUCAUCGCUGUAUUUUCAAUAGUGCUGAUUCUGGAUGACGUUCCGUCUGAAAAUGAUAUUGAUGUCAAAUCAUUCAGCUACGCAAUUGACGUUGUGUUUACAGUUUUUAUCUUCAUAAUGAGUGGUUAUAGUUUGGUUGUUUUGGGGAUCAAGUACUGCAUCACCAGCCCUGGAUGGCUUUUCGAUAUUUUUGUGGUUUUGGGAAUGAUCGUAAAUUUUUUAUAUGAUUUAAGACCUGAGCUUAAUCCCUAUCCAACAUUUUGCUUGUUUAUCUGCAUUCGACCUUUUCAACUGGUGUCAAGAAUUGAAACACUCGAGGUUGUAUUCAGAGGAUUUUUAAAUGAGCUCAGAGUUUUAUGGAAGUUUGUGCUGGUUGGUGUUUUCAUUUGGUUAUAUUUUGCAAUACUUGGGACGACAAUGUUUAGUGGAGCUUUCAGUAAAUGCUUGGAUGAUGAAAAAGGAUCUUUGAUCAAUUCCACCGUUGUGCUUGAUAGAAAACAAUGCUUAGCAAUGAAUCAUACGUGGGAAAACUCUGACCUGAACUUUGACCAUUUAGGAAAAAGCUUCAUCUCUUUGACUCUAAUUGGCAAGAGGAAUUCAUGGGUCAGUAUUUUGUACGACUCGACAGAUUUUAACGCACCACAGAUGAACUUCCGUCGUGAACAUGAGUUAAACAAUUUCUACUUUUUCUUGGCUUUCUUUGUCUGCGGAAUAUUUCUUACGGCAAACGUCAUUUUUGGCGUCCUGUAUAAUCAUUUGAAUAAGUUUACCGGAUUUUUCCUCACCAAGGAUCAAAUAAAAAAUUCAGAGAAAUUUGAAUUUCGCAAGGCAUUAGAAUCUUGGUCAUACACAAAGCCGGAUGGAAAUUACAGAGCAAGAGUGUACAAUUUUGUUUGUAGUGGUCACUUUGAUACUGGAGUUUUGUGUAUCAUUAUCCUGGACUUGUGCUGCUACGCUUGGAUGGAUGCGGAGAUGGAAUUUUGGAGUCUGGAUUUACCGAUUGCACACCAAAUCCGAAUAUUUAUUCUGUUUAUCUAUGUGAUGGAACUAGUAUUGAAGUUGGUGGGAUGGGGGAAGAGCUAUUUUUACAACGGAUGGAAUCAAUUUGACUGUCUAGUUGUGCUUUCGUCUGUUACAGAAAUGACACUCAUAGAAUUCGGUUUCUCUGGAUGGGCCAUCAUUAAUCUUUUACGAAUUUUACGAGUUUUGCGUAUUUUGAACUUCAAACCAUUUAUUUCGAGAGCAAAAACUCUUUCUCAAUAUUUCACAGCCUUAAAGAAUUUUAGAUUGGCUUUUAGAAAUGUUUUAAUUUUUCACUGCCUAGUAAUGUAUUCCUAUGCAUUGUUAGGAGUUAGGAAAUUUGGUCACAUAAAGUUUGAUAAGGGAAUAGAUGAAUAUUUCAGCUUUAGAACUGUGGGAUCGUCACUGAGGGCUCUCUUCAUGUUCUCUUCAAUGGCCGGAGUGGACAGCAUUCUUCCAGCCCUGACCAGAGAAGAAAAUGAGUGCACCCCUGACACAAUUGUUGGUGGAGUUUUUCAUCGUGGGGAUUGUGGAAACACUUUCUGGGGAACAGUUUAUGUGUUUUCGUACUCAUUCUUUAGUUUCAUUGCAUUCACAAAUCUGUACGUACUUUUAAUUUUAGAAAUUAUUGAACAGCUUAAACACAACUUAAAGCAAAACAUGAGGUUGGCUACAGAAAAUGCAAAGAGUUCAAAUGCUCAUCACUAAAGUCAAUGAGAACAUAAAUGUCAAAAUGUUGAACAAAUCCUGCCACGAAGCUCGAAAUAAAAUAUAUUACAUGCUAAUUUAAUUA